AUGGCACAAUCAAAGCGUGAGGAUAUAAAGAUAUCUAAAAUAAAAGGGCGUGAUAAUGCAAACACCAUACCAUCUCCACCUGGAUUUGAUGUCAAACCACUCGAACACACUAGACAAGCUACAACAAGAGACCAAAAGGCAAGCUUGAAUGAAUUGAAGUCAAAAAAGAUAUAUGAGCUUGCAAUUGGACCAGCAAAGUCUAUUCCCAUGAAUGCGUUCAUGAGCUACAUGACGGGUAACUCACUACAGAUAAUACCAGUUACUAUGACAAUGAUGUUGCUUUGGAACCCCAUCAAAUCGAUCUUUAACGAUCUCAAUCCAACGUUUCUGAAAUUAAAGACAGAGGAUAAUCAACUGCUCAUCCUUUUGGCAAAGUUGGGAUUUAUAUUCUUUCAGUUGAUGAAUAUGUCAAUUGGUGUCUACAAAUUAUAUACAAUGGGUCUUAUACCACACCUGGAGGCAGAUUGGCUAGCAUGGUUGGAGGUGGAACCAAGUGCGAAUGUAUUAAAUAAUUGA